AUGUUAUCAAGUUUGACCUUCUUACCUAAUACUCAACGCAGGUGCGGAUGCGGCGAGCUUCUGGGCGGCCACACGCUGUCGGCGCGGCCGUCGCUUACGUCACAAGGUGGCCAGGCACAGCCACCCGAGACAGAAGAGCACUGGUCCAUCUCAAGGCACACGGACGUGUCACCCACCAACGCCUUCGGCACCAUCGAGUUCCAGGGCACCUCGCACCCGCUGAAGGCGCAGUACGUGCGCCUGGUGAGUGACAGCCGUCCCGAGCACGUGCUGCAGCUGCUGACCCGCGAGUGGCAGCUCGAGCUGCCGAAGCUGCUCAUCACUGUGCACGGCGGCAAGGCCAACUUUCACCUGCAGGCAAAGCUCAAGAAGGUGCUCUGCCGAGGCCUGGUGCGCGCCGCGAAGACCACCGGCGCGUGGAUAUUCACCGGGGGCACCAACACCGGUGUGACGCGUCAUGUUGGAGAGGCACUCCUGACAGAAAGGACGCCGCAGCUUCGCGGCCGUGUAGUAGCAAUCGGCAUCGCCCCAUGGGGCAUCAUCGAAAACAGGAAAGACCUCAUAGGGGCCAAGCGGGUUGUGCAGUACUACAGCAUAUCGUCGCCCAAAAGCCGCUUUGCAGUCCUCAACCAGCACCACUCUUACUUUGUGCUGGCCGACAACGGCACGACGGGAAAGUAUGGCGCCGAGAUUGGCCUCCGUAAGCGCCUGGAGAAGCACAUCUCCCGGCAGAGAAAGGUUGAAGGCGGCCCUCUUUAUCCCUUUCUCCAUGCAGGUUCGAGCGUGCAGUGGUGCGGUAUUCCCGUGGUGUGCGUGAUUGUCGAGGGUGGCCUCAACACCGUGCGCACUGUGCUCGAAUACGUGACCGACCUUCCUCCGGUGCCCGUGGUGGUUUGCGAUGGAUCGGGACGGGCCGCCGAUCUCAUCGCCUUCGCGCAUCGAUACAUACCCGACGACGAGAGCAAGUUGCCCGAGGGUUUCCGCGAGCAACUCAUCACCACCAUCCAGAGGACGUUCCAGAUACAGCAAGAGCAGGCCGAGCAAGUCUACGUGGAACUCCUGCAGUCCAUCAAGAAGAAAGACCUUAUAACGGUCUUCCGCAUGGGAGAAGGCCCCUGCAAGGAACUCGACCAGGCAGUCCUGUCGGCUCUGCUCAAAGGCCAGUAUCUGCCACCUGUGGACCAGCUGAACCUGGCAUUGACGUGGAAUAGGGCGGACAUUGCCCGUUCGGAAAUCUUCGUCUACGGCCAGGAGUGGCCGCCGGGCGCGCUGGAGCAAGCGAUGAUGGACGCGCUCGCCAUGGAUCGAGUAGACUUCGUGCAGAUCCUGCUGGAGAACGGGGUCAGCAUGCACAAGUUCCUGACCAUACCACGCCUCGAGGAACUCUACAGCACAAAACAUGGACCCAGCAAUACCUUUCGCUUUCUUGUGAAAGAGGUGCGCAAGAACCUUCCUUCCGGCUACCGGUACACACUCUACGACAUUGGCCUGGUGGUGGAGAAGCUCAUGGGCGGCGCCUACCGGUCGGCCUACUGCCGACGGAAGUUCCGAAACCUCUACUCGACUGUCAUGCGCCGCAUGUCCACGGCCCCUACGCUGCACACGGCCCUGAAUACCGAGGCCUCGUUGGCACUCUUGGGCUCCGAAUCGACGUUCUCGCACCCGUUCAACGAACUGCUUAUCUGGGCAGUGCUGAUGAAACGCCAGCGCAUGGCCAUAUUCAUGUGGCAGAACGGCGAAGAAGCCAUCGUCAAGGCCCUCGUGGCCAGCCGACUCUACUGGGCGAUGGCGCACGAGGCUGCGCAGGACGACCUGGAAGCAGACGCUUCCGACGAGCUCAGACAGAAUGCCCGGGAAUUCGAGAAGCUCGCGCUGGACCUUUUGGACUACUGCUACCGCCAAGACGAAAACACAACGCUGCAGCUACUGACGUACGAGCUGCAGAACUGGAGCAAGCAGACUUGCCUGGGUCUGGCCGUUGCUGCCAACCACAGCGGAUUCCUUGCGCACACAGCCAAUCAGAUGCUGCUUGCCGAGCUCUGGAUGGGCGCACUCCGGACCCGAAAGAACGUCAGCCUCAAGGUGAUCCUGGGGCUCUUGUUUCCGCCGACGGUGCUCUGGCUUGAGUUCAAGUCGAAGGAAGAGCUGCAGCUGAUGCCGCAGACCGAGGAAGAGCAUUACCUGGACCUGCAGGACGACGAGGAAGAUUCGAACCCGGACGUAGACGACCCGCCGGGUGGAGUGCUCAACCCGCCGGGCGUGAUCAACCUCGACCCCGAAACGCUCGGCGGCCCGCUGUCCCGCAAGUGCUCGUCCGUCUUCAACCGUCUCGAGAACGGCAGCCUCUUCCCGGCGGACACCGAAGCUGCCUACCUCAAGAUACGCACGCGCAAGCGGCCUCUCAAGCUGGGACGAAAGAUUUACGAGUUCUACGCGGCGCCCGUUACCAAGUUCUGGAGCCACGCUAUUGCCUAUGGAAUAUUUCUUUGCUUCUUCACGUACGUGGUUCUUGUGAAGAUGCGCCCCGAUCCAACCUGGCAGGAGGUCUACGUGAUUGCUUAUAUUGUGACAUUAGCCAUAGAAAAAGUGAGAGAGGCAAUGAUGUCGGAGCCCGAGAACUUCACUCAAAAGAUACUUGUCUGGGCUGCAAAGAAGUGGAAUCCUUGCGACGUUGUCGUCAUCAGCGUCUUCCUGGUGGGAAUGUCUAUGCGCUUCAGCACGUCCACACAUGCCGAGGGCCGGCUACUAUACUGCCUAACAGUCAUGUACUGGUACAUUCGGCUUCUGGACAUUCUGAGCGUGAAUAAAUACCUCGGUCCCUACGUCACCAUGAUCGGCAAAAUGGUGAUCAACAUGAUGUACUUCGUGGUCCUACUACUCGUGAUACUGAUGAGCUACGGAGUGGCGAGACAAUCCAUUCUGCACCCGCAAGAGACCGCGUCUUGGGGUCUCAUCAAGAACAUAUUCUUCAUGCCUUACUGGAUGAUCUACGGCGAGGUGUUCGCCGACAGCAUCGACCCCGUCUGCACGAACGAGGGCCAGCCUGGCGAUUAUACCUGCCAGACGGGCAGCUGGAUCAACCCGGCAAUUAUGGCAGUCUACCUCUUGGUCGCCAACAUACUGCUAGUCAACCUUCUCAUCGCUGUGUUCAACAACAUCUUCAUCGAGGUGAACGCCAUCUCCCAGCACGUCUGGAAGUCGCAGCGAUUCACGGUGGUAAUGGAGUAUGAGCAGAAGCCGCUGCUUCCACCACCACUGAUCGUGCUGUCGCACGUGCAUCUAGCCAUCAAGUGCGGGGUGCGCUGGUGGAAAGGCAAGAGCCGCACCUUCGACCACGGACUGAAGCUGUUCCUGGAUGAGCCGGACAUCGAACGUAUUCACGACUUCGAGCAGGAGUGUGUCGAGGGCUACUUUCGCGAGCAAGAGACUCAGAAGCAGAUGACUACCGAGAACCGUGUCUUCAAUACCACUGAGAGAGUGGACGCCAUGUCGCAGAGGGUGGAAGACAUCCACCAGUGGGAGAUGAAGGCCAACGCCACCAUCCAGGGUUUGGACAUCCGACUAACCCAAGUCGAGCACCUCUCGGAGCAGAUCUCCGCCUCGGUACAGCGCCUGCUCGAGGUGCAGGAGCUGGACCUCGAAGACAGCCGCAGUCCGUCGGCCGAGAGCGACAACAGUGCGAGUCCGACCGAGCACGGGCCCAGGUCUCCGUCACCGCCGCCAUCGCAGCCUCCACAACUGCCAGCAUCAUCAGACCAGAGCACCGAGACUAGCAGGAGGCCAGAAGAGACUGCGCCGGUGUCUCCCAAGAGGCCGGUUAUGAUCGCGCUGUCGGCGCCCGACGGCACGUCGGUGGCACCGCCAGACCUCCUCGUACGGCAGGGCUCCGGCAGGCGGCGCGGCGGCUCCAUCCGAAGGAAGACGGCGCACCAGCGGCUCAGCCGACAGCUCACGGUAGCCACCAACGAAGUUCUCGACAUGGCUUCGCAGAAGCGGAAGAAUCUGCAGCGCUGGCAGAGCGUCUGCCAACCUGAUGUUGGCGGUGGCAGUGACAUACUGCAACAUCACCAAGCCUCUGGUAGGACCAGCCGUCUGGAGCGGGGCAUGUCGUGCGUGAGCCGAUGGACAGAACCGCGACCGGCGGCCACCAGCAGUUCUCGAGCUCCCUUCUUGUCGGCUUUGCGCGGCGAAUACACAAGCAUUACGGAUGAACUGGAGAGCACGGCGUGCCUGCUUCCGCCUCCAGAAAGUCCCACCUCCCCGGCACCGACUCCCAUGGUGGCGGCCAUAGCGGCUGAAACGGAGAUCCUGAGGGACGCCGAGGCGGCCGACUACCAGAUGAUGGGCGGCAUCAUCCAAAGGCGCCUGCAGGGGGAAGAAGCCGCUUCGCUCGAGGAACUGAGCGACUUCGCCGAGGAGUCGUCGGACGUCGAAGAGAUCGUGGGCACCGGCUCGCGGCGCCUUACGAUUCGCGUCACACCGGCGUCCGACGACGACAACCAGCGAAGGAGGGCUAGCUUACCCAGCGGCGGCGAGGCACCAUGUUACGUCACCGCAACAAGAUCAAAAAGUAUUUAUCACAACACAAUCAUUAAGCUUGACAUGCUCCAACGAGAAGAUUAUUGCCUCGUGCGACAGACCACGAAAGCCCGACACAGGAAGAAAGGAAAAGAGGCAUCUGGUACAGUUAAGCAGUAGCUGGUUCCUAGUAGCGGCAAGAUUAGCAUAAGUCAAAUGCAUACCGCAAGCUGCUUAUCGACACCAGCAUCACUUGUGAGAGUUAUGAAGUUAGCUUCCUCUUAACUGUAGAAUAGCAUUGCACGAUUAUUUAAUUACGAAAUGUCUUCAUGAUCCGUCAUUGCGGACAGACGGGUAGCUCAUAUUAAAUAGUAGAAGUCAACAACCUUAAGUUUCGCGCAACAACAGUUCGUCGAAUUGUAAUCGCGCCUUUCAUCAUACAUCUCAAUGAAGGUGGAUAUCGCUGCUGUCUGUUGCAUCAGUGAUUACGAACGGACACAAAUAAUGGUGCAUAACGCGCAGCACAGUGCGACUUUCGUGAAGAUUUUUACGAGAAGAUUGACAUCCUACUGCAAAUGCAGACUGGCUCACAUCAGUGUUACUACAUGAAGAUCUCGACAUAUAACAGGCUAGCUACAAUGUCACGCAAAAUCAUUUUGUAUGCAUGUGGUAAGGCUAAGCUCCAGUUUGCUGGUCUUUUCGCUGAAACAGUUAAUUGUUUCGCUGCAUCAAAGUAGUGGCCUAAGUUGAAACGGGAGCUAAAUAUAUACAGACUACAUUUUUUUUUUCGCGCCAGGAGAACCGUGCGGCCUUCGGCGAAAAUUGAGAAACCACAGUGCACCGAGUUGACGCAGGUUCGCGCACAGUCAUCGGCGUUCGCAUGCUCCGAGGAUGCUUCAGAAUGGGAGGAAGGAAUGUUCCUCAAGCUGCUUGAAGGAGUCAAUACGCUCUAGAACGGCACGUCCAAUGUCAAAGCAUGCUAGAACGACACGUCCAAAUGCAUGUCCUUGGCUAUUGCACAAAGCAAUGCACGACAAUUUUCUAUACUGGCUAACUACAUAAUUAUUAGAACUUAACUGACUUCGCAAGAAUUAAAGGGGAAGCUUCUCAGUAUGUAGUAAGGCGUCCUAGAACACACCUAAUUCAGCUGCUUAACCCGCCGUGGUUGCUCAGUGGCUAUGGUGUUAGGCUGCUGAGCACGAGGUCACGGGAUCGAAUCCCGGUCAUGGCGGCCGCAUUUCGAUGGGGGCGAAAUGCGAAAACACCCGUGUACUUAGAUUUAGGCGCUCGUUAAAGAUCCCCAGGUGGUCGAAAUUUCCGGAGUCCUCCACUACGGCGUGCCUCAUAAUCAGAAAGUGCUUUUGGCACGCAAAACCCCAUAAUUUAAAUUCAGCAGCUUCUACAUUUCUACUUGUUGCGUAGGCAUUUUUUCUGCAUCCUAAAGGAAAGCAACCAAAUGGGGGGGACACUGACGAUUCCGAUACUCCCUAAUGCGAAAGUUGAGCGCAGCUAUAUACGUGUUUUCAUAUCGCUGGCGCGGCCAAUCUGUCUCGUGCGGCACGUUGCAAACAGAGUGAAAUGUGGCUUGACUGCCUCGCUAAUCGGGAGAUCGCUAGAGACGGCGCGUGGUUAACGCGUGAGCGCGAUUCACAGCAGCCGCCGCAGACAGACUUCCGCUAGUGCAGCGCUUUGUUUCCAUACAGACGACGCGCGCUACUCUCCAUGGCGCCAUCUCGUCGCCACAAAGCCCUUCUGGCACGGCACUACAAUUUUCUUCCCACGCUUUCCCCAUAUUCCCCAUGAUUCCGCUGCACCGUCCUGCUCCGCCUUCAUUCUCGCGCGCUCUUCGCCAUCGCCGUCUUCCGUCUUCCGUGGCAUUCCGCUUCCGCAAGCGCAUGACUAUCGUAAAUCGCGUAGCCAACGCCUGCGUCCUUGCCCAGUCAACAUUUAAGCGAUAGCACAGCAGGCUAAAUGCGCUGUUUGUUCUUUCUAGCCCGUCUGAGGGCACUGCAAUCGCGCUGGUCGAGCGGGCGUGUCACGUGCUUUAUUUUUCUUUUUCACAUAUUGCGGCCUUUGUUUAGGAUACAGCAAAAAAAUGAUUACUCAACAAGUAGGAAAUUAGAAGCAGCUGCAUUAGAUUUUUUCUUAUAUACAAGGCUCUACAACUUUUUACUGUAAGUUUUGCCCUAAAGUUAACACAAGUGAAGUAGGUUGUUUGUUUUAAAAAUUUCAGGGUCACACAACAUUUUUAAGGCUCGCCCUUAAGCGCCAGAGGAAAGUAUUGAUUAAUUUGCAGGUUGAUAAGACAUUAAUUCUAGGUUCUUUUAGGGAGAUAGGGCCCCAGGAGGGCAAAUUAUAGGGAAAUUCGGCAUCGUCUCGCGAUUCAAGGUGGUACAGUGUUUCCUCGGAUUAUACGAUCACCCUUGACAGUAGUGCCUGCCACAGAGUCUCAAAAGUGCACUGUAUACAUCCGUGACAACGUAGCCUAGCUUCUCUCGGACAAAGGUUGCGCGUCGCAAUUAAGAGCUGGUGCGUGCUUCCAUCGGUGCUAUAGACGUGUAUGUGUGUGUCUGACCGGACAAUUUGCGAAUUCUGAAGAAGUCGUUGACAAUGUGAAGCGGGCGCGCAGCAACUUACCGUGCGAUUGCCUCGUAGUCUUGCACACUCUGCACGUUGUGGAAUAGUAUGUUCCGAUAGGAUGUUCCGGUUGUUGACUGUAGAAGAUCCUAGGGGUAAAAUAUUGUUGCAGUAGUAAGGACAUUUGCGAGUGAAUAGUUUUAUUCUCUUGUUAUUGUAGUCACAAGGCGGUGCUUAGACGUUUGGCCUUCAAUUUACGCUGUUCAGGUCGAAUGGAACAAGUAUAUUCACGGUAUAAAGGAAUUUUUCACGAGCUAGCCCCCCCCUUCAAACAACAAAACAAGUGGUAAAAGAGCUUCAUUCAGAUAGAACGUCACAAUAAAGGUGGUUUUAAAGCAAUAUUAAGUUACGUUGUGCGGAAACCUAAAGUGUGUAGUUACGCUAUGACACGUUCUCACGCGGGCUUCCGUAAUACGCAGUUCACUUGAUACCAUUUCAUACAUGGACAACGCAUUAACUCCUCACUGCAAGUAUUGUUGAGGCAUGUAAUGCUCUAUAACCGAGGUGAAAUCAACCGGGACACAGUGGGUUACUAUGUUCUCCUUCACUAAUCGGCGUGAGGCAGACACUGAAAAGGCGUGAGGCGUGAGGCUCUGUUAAUGCACCCCUCAACAAGUUUGGCCAUUUUAGACAAACAAGCGCAGCGUAUACACAGCAUGCUGACUUUCGUUUCUGCAUAGUACUUCGCUGUAAUACGGCUGAAAUUUAAAACCGAACGCCUUGCACCUUUCCUCUCGAGGAAGCCGUGCUCCCAGCCAGAGAGUCAAGGUAACAUGCAUAAAUGUCAUGAUGUAAAACUCACUGCUAGCUACGUCAUUCAGCAAGGCACGUGACUUAGUUAAACCAUCCAACGCCGAAGGCUCAUCCUACGGCUCCAGUAUGGGUGAAAGCAGGGAAGGAACACUGCUUGCCGACGCUAGUCGAGGCAAAUAUUUUGUCUCCGUUAGGAGUAACGCUCGCUUUUUAGCCACAUAGUAACAGGCCAGUCAAUUCCUUCGAUCUCUUCUAAAUAUGAACCAAUACCAUAAAUGUUUUUAGUAAAGCGCUUCUCAGACGGAAUCCUACAACUUCCAGUGUAUAGCCAAAAUUUGCAGUUGGGUCUGGUUAGGGGCCUUUCAACAUUGUUGGCUCCUUUGAGCAUCUGCUUGUAUAAGGAUGGUGCCAUGACGCAAUGAUAUGGACAUCUAGCGGCUCAUGGUUCCAGAUACAGUGGGAACAACGUCCUGUUGUAUCCCUUGAUAGUUGUCUCUGUGAGCGAGACAAGCUCUCUGUAUUUUGCUGGUUAUUAAAUGCACAAGUUAGCUCAGAGACGACUUAGAUUCUUUUUAGAUAUCGUUCACAAUGCAUAUAAGUUAGAUUGCAGCGUGCCUCGUAGUGGCCGAGCGCAAGUAGGUGACAAGCUCCGUUCAACGUUUUAAUAACUCAAACCUAAUUUUUUUUCUAUCCGUUAUUAAACUUCACAAUUAUAACAGUAUUCGAGAGGGGUGGGAAGGCCACCUCGAUGGAUAUUUUUUAUAUACAAAACUCAAAGAAAAUGGAUGAUGCGGAACAUCGUUGAGAGGCAGCCGUAGGGUUCUUCUGAGACAGACGUGCGCAAGCUAGAGUUUAUGUAAGCAGCCAGAAAAUCGACCAGCAUAAAGGUCGGAGUACUGAUGUAGUUUUCUUUCUUCUUAUGUUUCAAACGCUUAAUAUUUGCUGUACUCGUCAACCGUCAGCCGAGUGGCACGUUUCACGCGGCUUAGGCCUGGACAGCGUCUCAAGACGUUUUAAGCUUGCUGCGGGGAUGGUUACAAUAUUGGACGAGUUGUCAAAUCGCAAGUAGGAGCUGAAUCUGUGCUUAUUGUAAUACCCAAGGGGAGCCGGCUAGUUCAGUUAACGAACGGAAAUUCUGUUUAACGAAGACAACUCCAGCGUUCUGAUAUUUGUGUUUGAAUGCAAAACUAUAAUUUAAAGGUUAGUUCACUAAGUUGUCUCUUGUCACUGCCGCGCAUACGUUACCAUUGUGAUCGAAAACAGGGUCUGCACGCGCAUCCGUGUUCAUCAUUGAAAUAACAAACUUCCAACUUUCAUCGGGACGUUUUAAGAUACGUUUUUCGUUUCUUAGUUCACGGCGGAGACAUGCACGAGCGAAAUGAACAAAUGGAACUAACUUCGGGAGGUGUUACGUAGAAAGAGUGUAGGAGUUCAACGUAUCACAGCAAGGACACCUCUUCAGACGCAUCGUCUCCGGUGUCGGGGGAAUCUACAUUCAGUUCAUAUCAGUCAGAACUCCAAGCAAGACGGGGCAAUGCAAACACGACCACCGUCUUCUCUUUGUAGACUAUUGCUUUUUUUCUCCAAGAGUAGCACACUGUUGUACAAACGAAAACCACACGACUGCGAGUUUCACCUCGCUCUUCGAACGCGAAGAAAGUGUGAUCUGUACAUAGAUAUGUAAAACUGUUUCCAACCUGCGCGAACAUACCCUCGAACCGUGCACCUCUUGUGUCAGUGUUAUGUAAGAGUUCCAAGAAAACAGAUAGAAUCGCGCAACUAGCUCCAGAGGUAUUUUUAUUCCCAUCCAUAUUGUGCGGUGAAGGUGCACCAGGGUUAUUUCCCUUUCCUCGCAACAGCAUGCUUAAUCAGCUCAAGUGUAGGGUGGCGCGCCACGUACCCCGUUUCUUUGACUCGUGCUAUGCCCUUGACUCACGUUUGCUCGUAUACCAGUAGUCUUACUACCAGAGUUAUAAAGAUAUCUCGAGAUGCGGUGAGACGGGCUUUCAAUCUUGGCUUGUGCGUAGAAGAACCUGCGUUGCACAGCGUGCGCUCAGGUGAAGACAUUCAAGUGCAGGCUGAAAGCUCAGAACGCGUGACAGCAAACUGAAAUAUAACUCUAGUUGCUGGACCUUUCCGUGAAAAUUCUUGAAGACAUUUGAAAAGGGGCACAUGACGUGAAUGUACCAAAGAAGCAUAUUUUUGUCUUUUUGACUAGUCGUUAUAAGAAAACUUAAACCAUGGCAGCCGCGUUGUUAUCGCUUUAACGUAAAUGAAUAUUACAUAUCGUCGCAUGUGCACUGUGAUCUGCCCAAGCUUAGAAUUUGGCAAUACAAUUGCAUGGUAGUCGCUGCGGCAACUAUUCGACCUCCUACUUUAAGGAGAGUUCUUCUGGCUAGGCACAGUAGCCAUGGAAAGCUCCUGGAGGCAGUUGAGCAGAAAUAUCGCCGGAACUAAGCUAUCUAUUAAUCCUUGUAUGAAUGAAUGAGUUGGCAGAAGUGUUGGUAGCAUGCAAGAGACAUGAUACAAGGUUCGAAAUUGUAGAGCAACACUUAGUCGGAGUGAUAGGUAUUUUAGCCUAUACAGCCGCAAAGAAUAUCACUUUCUGCUAGUGCUUAAAUGAAUGCUUUAGGGAAGCGCUCGACAGCUCUAGAAGGGGAAAUUGCCUUAGACAUUGAUGCCGCAUCCAGUACCAACUUACUUCGGUUGCAUUUCCGUAGAUUUCGGCAACGUUCCUAAUAGGUAGUAGAAGAUAUCUUUGUUUUUCAAUAAAUUUAUUACGAAGAACUAAUUUAAAUCUUAUUGGAAAGGUUUUCUGCACCGUGUUCAAGUCUAAUUUUUCCGAAUUUGGACAGCGAGAAUCGUACGCAAAAGCCUUCACGCCUGUAUUAUUCUAUAGCAAUACAUAUGACACUGCGUGCAAGUAAAGACGGAAAUAAAUAAAAAACUUGCAUAGCGUCUUGCAUCUGGCCUCACAAAAAUGAUGAAUAUGGACGUCUAACAUAUGAUAGUCUAAAGUAUAAUAGAAUAGUCUAAUAUGGGCCUAAUAUGGCCUAAUAUGACCCGCACUAUGGACACCUUCUAAGCCUCAAUGGCAUAAAAUGCAAUAAAGUUUGAGUGGAGGUAUUCGAUGCGCACAGGAACCUAGCCCCUCAAAUAAAACGAUAGUCAGUGUAGAAGAGAGAGAGAGAGAAAGCAAGGAAAAGAACUUUAGGGAGUUCAACUAUACGAGCGUACAGUGCGAUAACCUACAGAGGGGGUAAGUGGAAGGAGGAAUGGAAAGAGGAAAAUAGAAAGAGAGAGAGAGACAACACAGUCUAACAAUAAAGUGCGCACAUCUUGUUUAUUCUACUGAACUGCGAUACGUCGUGUGCGUCUUUAUUCUUUGUAAGCCACGUUCACGACUUUUAACAUUUAUGAUGAUUACGCGUAGAAUAAAAAGACAGAUAAAUAGGUAGGAGGAUCAUAUUUCGCCCCCUUGCUGGUUCUGUAAGUAGUAAAAGCGCGCGUAUCUAAUCGUUUGUAGGCAGGUUUGUACAUAAAGAGUAAGAAAAAGCUUCUGAAAUAUAUAAAUAUAUGUAAACAAAUAUAGAAAUAUAUUUGUGUAAAGAAUACAGGAUGCAACAUAACUAUAAUUAUUGAAAGAAGCGUGCUGUGAUGAAGAGUUGCGGAUUGAGUACGUUUAAAAUAUAUUACCUAAGGAAACAAUUAUGGCGAAGAUGUCAACCUCACGUGUGACACUUUAUAUACAUGCCUAAAUAUGUUUCUUUAUUACUUGCCACUUUUUAGCGGAUCAAGGAUUCCAUUGCAGGCCUCCGUGUUUGAAGAGCACACACGGGCUUUCUUUCAGCGCAGUGGUUUAUUGAUCAGUGAAGCGUUUCAAUUUGCCAACACGAGACAUGUUCAUGCUUUCCCUCUGGUUACACGUUAUUGACCGAGUGGCAUUUUGUAAUGUCAACGUGCAGCGAGGAAGAAGUCCGUCACACUGAUAAAUUGGGAGUGUGCGUGGAGUAUGCAGGAACCUGCAUGAAUACGGGAUUGCGAAUGUGUUACAGCUCAAUAAACUCUGAUUAACCUUGUCGAGAGGGCGGCACAAUAUUGUUUGCACACUAAAUUAAAAUUUAAUUAUCUAGAUACUUGCUGGUCCUGAGAUUGACCACUUGCCCACUCCGUUCUGUAAAAACACGUGAUACAAAAGCUUUAGAACUAAGGUGUCAUUUCCUGGAACGGUAUUUUUCGUAGGCAUUGUUACAAACGCUACAAAUGUUGUGAGGAGUGAGACUUCAUUGCGAAGGAGUUGUUGUAGAAUGGGCUGAAUCGCUCGAACAAAUUAGGCGGUCGAAUGCUGGCAGUCGAAGCUUGAAAAAAAGCAUUUGAUGGAAUUGAAACAGUGGUUUUAAGCAAACUUUUAUGACUAAUGUUAACCUUUCUCCAUUUAAAAAGGCUUUGAACUGGCGAGAAUACUUGUUUUAUGAAAGACAGUGAAUCGAAAUAAUAAUUUGGCACAGCUGACAGAAGAAUACCGAUAGCGUUGUGCAGCUUGAUUGCUGCUGCAUUUUCCUUUGCAUGAAACUCUAUUCAUCUCGUACUAGAAUGUGAUGAGUUCAGUUGAGAUUACUGAGACUUCUUAAGCUCAUAAGCUAUGUGGUGAAAUUUGCACGCAUUCGACUGUUUCAUUUCUUCGAUUAGUGCGGGAUUGUUGCUGCUUCAUUCACUAUUUCUUGUGUGGUCUAUACAUAUCUAUUCAGAAGGUAGCAUGCCACGGGCAUUCUUCAUCGGGACACCGCAUAGAACUGUGCUGAGGUGAUCCGUGAUUGUUGUCUGGUUUGUUUGCCGAUUGCCUUUCAUUCAAUGCGCUUACAAGCUGGCAGAACAAUCUGUGCAAAUUUUUUUAUCAUGAUAGCAACUUCAGAAUAUAAAACUUAUCAUGCCGAAGGCUUAUAGAACUGCGCCAUGUACUUUUCGAAUUUGUAUGUACCCGCGAUUCAUUCCCUUAAAUUUCAACAUUUUAUUAUGUGGUAUUAGUUGGCAGUUGUGAACUGCGCGCUUAUGUUUCAGCAGCUAUCCACGAAAAGACUGUUUGGACCAGUAAAAAAAAAGAAAAAGACACUCAAGGGUCCCCAAUGUGUUUUUUUUUUCUUCAGAGCACUUAUAACUCAAUGACCUUCAAAUAAUAUGGGUUUAAUUCUUCCAGUAGCUGUUUUCGCUGUGUCCCCUGAAGCGCAGAAUACGUGUGGGCUGCUCCACAAGAUCACGUCACACCGAGUAUGAGCAGUUGGCACAGAUGAUAAGAAGUCGGUCCAGCUUGACCAGGCCUUUGUGAUCUAUUCUUUACAUAUGGACAAAAAAGGCAAUAAACUGUUUUACAGAAUGA